AUGAAGUCCCACUCGAUGCUUCUUAUCGCCCUCUUCAUCCGAGGUGGAACGGGAUCCGAGCCACGACUUUGCAAACAAUACCAAGAUACACACAUUGGACGAAAUUACGUGACAUGUCCGAAUACCACUGAACGGUACGAAAAUGGCAUACUCGUAGCCAAGUCACAAGAGUGUAUGGCGACAGCAAGUAUAGCUGUAAUGAUUAUUGAGUUCGAUACAGAUAGAAAGAACAGGGUGGUUGAUGUUUGUGUUCUGGCAGCUAAAAUAGGUGAGUCGAGUCGUGCCUGA